CAGUGGUAUGGUGUAAGUUGAAUGGGCGCCAUGAAAAACUCCGGGAUAGUUCGCUGUCUAUAGUCGGCCAACAAAAAGAACGUCACAGUGGUGGGAAAGAUGACAGCGUGACGUUUCAGCAGCAGCCUCCCUGCCUGUCCUAGAUUCUCCAUGGAUGAACUGACCAAAGCCCUCUCGACCAGCUUUGCUGUGUCCAAAGAGCCCAACAGCACAGCCGGCCCCCACCCUCGACUGGCCCAGUACAAAAGCAAGUACAGUGUGCUGGAGCAGAGCGAGAGACGCCGGCGCUUCCUUGACCUGCAGAAAAGUAAAAGGCUCAACUAUGUCAACCAUGCACGGCGUUUGGCUGAUGGGGACUGGACGGGGGCAGACAGCGAUGGAGAGGAGGACAUGGAGAAACAGGACGAGGGGGAGCGGGAGAAAGAUGGCAACACAGAGGAGGAGGGGAUGGAGAUCGAAAGGAGGAAGCUACCGAAGCAUUACGCAAACCAGCUCAUGCUGUCAGAGUGGCUGGUGGACGUCCCCUCAGAGCUGGACACUGAUUGGCUGAUGGUGGUCUGUCCCGUGGGGAAAAGAUCUCUCAUUGUUGCCUCUAAGGGCUCCACUGCAGCGUACACUAAAAGCGGCUACUGUGUGAACCGUUUCCCCUCCCUGCUGCCUGGUGGGAACCGACACAACUCAGCCAUGGGAAAAGACUACACAAUCCUGGACUGUAUUUACAGUGAGCUGGACAGGACUUACUACAUCCUGGAUGUCAUGUGCUGGAGAGGCCACCCGGUCUACGACUGCCCGACCGAGUUCCGUUUCUACUGGCUCCAGACCAAAAUGCAGGAGACGGACGGCCUAUCAGAGAUCGCCAAACGCAAUCCUUUCCGGUUUGUGAGCCUCCACAGCUUAGAGUGCACGACGGAGCAGAUCCAGAAAGCCAUGACAGCGGAGUACAGCUUCAGCGUGGAUGGUCUCCUCUUCUACCAUCGGCAGACCCACUACACCCCUGGCACCACUCCUCUGGUGGGCUGGCUCCGCCCCUACAUGGUCACAGACAUCCUGGGUAUCGAGGUCCCAGAAGGACCCCUCACCACCAAGCCUGAGUACGCCAGCAUGCAGCUGAAGCAGAUCCUGGAACACAAACAAACCUCGAGCGAGGUCCGCCCAGCCAACAGCAAGGGAGAGUACGAGUUCGAGUACCUGUCCACCCCGGGUAUGGACAGCAGGGACACAAUGAACUUUCUCAACCAAAAGCCGAUAAAGGAAGCAAACAUGGAGCCCUGAGUGGGAGCCCUUAACAAGAUGCAAAUUUCUAGAUCUGUUUCAGCACGAUGGCAGCCCACAUAUGGCUCUUUAGAAUGUCUGCUGAAUGGUUUUGCAGAUCUGGCCAAUUGCAAAGCAUGGCUAAUUCUAAUCCGGUACUGCACAGGACGCCCACUGAGUGCAGAUUAGUAGAGCUGUGCUAUAUGUGUUUUUACAUGGCUGUAAACUGUAGCCUGACGUUGACAUCUAAACUUUUACCUGCUGCAAAACACUGAAGCACUGCUGUGCAGAAAAAAACCCACACCACCACUAGCAGCAGCAGCAGCAGCUCUCACAUGCACUAAAAAAGAGGAAAAGAUGCUCCUUAUGUGAGAUUUACAGUAAAGUGCAGCACAGUAGGAAUUUUUUAUUUGCUGCUCUGCACUUUUUGCACUUAAAAACUGAAACUUGCAAAAAGAAAGAUCUUUACUGGUGUCAAUUCUUAUUGCUUUCACUGCUGCUUGAAGAGGUGUUGCUGAAUGAUACGACCAUCUGACGUACUAUAUCUUUUACAAUUCACUGUUAAAUUUAAACUUGUUCUCAAAUAUUUUUAAAGUGUAUGUUUCUAAUAAAUGAUUUUAUAUCA